AUGGUCCAACUUUCAUGUGGUGUUCAAUGCACACGUGCAGCAUUAUUUGCAUUAAAUAUUCUUUUUCUUCUUGUUGGUUUUACUGUAAUGGGUUUAGGUAUAUAUAUCAAAGUUAAUGGAAAUUUUAAUGCUAUCUCGGAAAUUUAUGGUGUAUCAGAAGCACUGGGAAAAGAAGCAAUGCAAUGGAUUGCAGUAGGCAUGAUCAUUGUUGGUAUAUUUACUGCAUGUUUAGCUGCAUUUGGUUGUUUAGGUGCUAUUUUACAAAAUCGAUGUUUUCUAUAUGCAUAUUCAGUAUUUUUGUCACUAAUUAUAUUCAUGGAAUUUGCUGCUGUAAUUGUGACAUUAGUAUUUCGCAAGGAUUUAUGGAAAACAUAUGAUUCUGGUUUUAUGGAAAUAUUUCAUCAUGCUUAUAGUCAAAAUCAAACAGACACAAUUAAAAUUAUUGAAAAUUUAGAACAUAAAUUUAAAUGUUGCGGUGUUGAUGGUGCUUCUGAUUAUGCGAAAUAUGGUUAUAAAAUUCCUCAAUCAUGUUAUAUGGAUCCAUCAAUCAAGUCAGUCCUUUAUAGUCAAGGUUGUGCUCAAGCUGUUAUUAUUUGGAUAUGGAAUAAAUUACCAAUUAUAGCUGGAGUAUUAGGAGCAAUUCUAUUUAUUGAAUUAUUUGGUGUCAUUUCAUCAAUUGUACUUGGUGUUGCCAUAUCUCAUUCAGCCGAUACCGCAUACUAUAUUAAAUUUUAA